AUGAUUUCCUUCCUUUCCUUCCUUCUUUCUUUCUUUCUUUCUUUUCCCUCUGAUUCCCCUUCAUUACAUUAUAAUGAGGUAAUGGCAGGAGAGAUUAAACAAUUCCUUCCUUCCUUUCCCCCCUCCUUCCUUUUCCCCUUCCCCUUCCUUCCUUCCUUCAUUCCUUCCCUACCUCCUUCCCAUUCCUUCCUUCCUUCCUUCCUUCAUUUCCUUCCUUCCUUCCUCCCUUCCUUCCUUCCUUCCUUCCUUCCUUCCUUCCCUUCCUUCCCUUCCUCCCCCCCUCCAUCCCCCUUCCCUUUUUCCCUUCCUAUCUUCCUUCCUUCCUUCCUUCCUUCCUUCCUUCCUUCCUUCCUUUCCUUCACUCUUUCCUUCCCUCAUUCAUUCAUUCCAUUCCUUCCUUCCAUCCCUCCCUCCUUUCUUCCCUUCCUUCCUUCCUUCCGUUCCUUCCUUCCUUCCUUCCUUCAUUCGUUCGUUCGUUCCUUCCCUUCCUUCCUUCCUUCCUUCCUUCCUUCCCUUCAUCAUUCCUUCCUUCCUUCCUUCCUUCCUCCCCCUUCCUUCCCCUUCCUGACUUUCUUCCCCAUUCUUCCUUCCUUCCCUUCGUUCGUUCCUUCCUUCCUUCCUUCCUUCCCUUCUUUUCCUUCAUCUUCCUUCCUUCCUCCCUGA